CAGAGCUCCGAGUGUUUCCUGUUGCCCGGCUCUAAACCCUCCACAUUCCUGCAGACCUUCACACAGCUCGGAGCGCACUCGCCAGCUGCCCGCCUGCCUGCCACUGAGGGUUCCCGGCAUCAUGAGGGCCUGGAUCUUCUUUCUCCUUUGCCUGGCUGGGAGGGCCUUGGCAGCUCCUCAACAGGAAGCCCUGCCUGAUGAGACGGAAGUGGUAGAGGAAACUGUGGCUGAGGUGGCAGAGGGACCUGUGGGAGCCAACCCCGUGCAGGUGGAAGUAGGAGAAUUCGAUGAAGGUGCUGAGGAAACUGAAGAGGAGGUGGUGGCUGAAAACCCCUGUCAGAACCACCACUGCAAACAUGGCAAAGUGUGCGAGCUGGAUGAGAACAACACCCCCAUGUGCGUGUGCCAGGACCCUACCAGCUGCCCUGCCCCCAUUGGCGAAUUUGAGAAGGUGUGCAGCAACGACAACAAGACCUUCGACUCCUCCUGCCACUUCUUUGCCACCAAGUGCACCCUGGAGGGCACCAAGAAGGGCCACAAACUCCACCUGGACUACAUUGGGCCUUGCAAAUACAUCCCCCCCUGCCUGGACUCCGAGCUGACUGAAUUCCCCCUGCGCAUGCGCGACUGGCUCAAGAACGUCCUCGUCACUCUGUACGAAAGGGACGAGGACAACAACCUUCUGACUGAGAAGCAGAAGCUGCGAGUGAAGAAGAUCCAUGAGAACGAGAAGCGCCUGGAGGCUGGCGACCACCCCGUGGAGCUGCUGGCCCGGGACUUCGAGAAGAACUACAACAUGUACAUCUUCCCUGUGCACUGGCAGUUUGGCCAGCUGGACCAGCACCCCAUCGACGGGUAUCUGUCCCACACGGAGCUGGCCCCACUGCGUGCACCCCUCAUCCCCAUGGAGCACUGCACCACCCGCUUUUUUGAGACCUGUGACCUGGACAAUGACAAGUACAUUGCCCUGGACGAGUGGGCCGGCUGCUUCGGCAUCAAGGAGCAGGAUAUUGACAAAGAUCUGGUGAUCUAAGCCCGCGCCCGCCUCCUUCCGCAGUACCAAUCCUCCCUCUUCGAUCCUCCCCUUCCUGUUUCCCCCAAAGUUUAAAAUGUUUGGAUGGUCUGUUGUUCUGCCUGGGGACAAGGUGCUAAUAUAGAU